AUGAAUGUCCUCAAAUUGCAGAGGAAGUUUCCCCAGUUCCAGCAGAAUGAAAUCUUCACUCUGUCCGACGCUUUUCAGCGGCUCGACGUCGACGACAAGGGCUAUUUAGACGAAGCCACCGCAAUCAAGGCUACCCAGCAAAGCGAGAGUCAGCCCUACGAUGUCGUCCGCCAGGCCCUCAAGGAAGUCGAGCUCGACUCGUCGCGUCGUGUCGAGCUCGAGGACUACGUCGGCCUCAUUGCCAGAGUCCGCGAUGCCUCGCCCGCCCAGAAGCGUCUCUCGACAGGACCGGUCUCUCCCAGCACCGCCGGCGUCGUCGCCCAACGGACCGGCCACGUUUCAAAGGGCAGCGUAACCGGCAGGAUUCAGGUCCAGGGCUCCAGCGCCAACAUCACCCACACCAUCAACGAGGACGAGCGAACAGAGUUCACGCGCCAUAUCAAUGCCGUGCUCGCCGGCGACUCCGACGUUGGAAACCGCCUCCCUUUCCCGACGGAUACCUUUCAGAUGUUUGAUGAGUGCAAGGACGGCUUGGUCUUGGCCAAGCUCAUCAACGACAGCGUCCCAGACACCAUUGAUGAGCGUGUCCUCAACCUGCCGGGCAAAAAGACCAAGAACCUCAAUGCUUUCCAGAUGACAGAAAACAACAACAUCGUCAUCGAGUCCGCCAAGGGCAUCGGCUGCUCUGUCGUCAACAUUGGCGCCGGCGACAUUAUCGAAGUCCGCGAACAUCUCAUCCUUGGCCUCAUCUGGCAAGUUAUCCGACGCGGCCUCCUGGGUAAAAUUGACAUCAAGCUUCACCCAGAGCUAUAUCGGCUGCUGGAUGAGGACGAGACCCUGGAGCAGUUUCUGCGACUGCCCCCGGAGCAGAUUCUGCUUCGCUGGUUCAACUACCAUCUCAAGGCCGCCAACUGGCCCCGGAGGGUCAACAACUUUUCCAACGAUGUCAAAGACGGCGAGAACUACGCCGUCCUCAUGGCGCAAAUAGGACCCGAGUACGGCUGCACACGAAAGCCGCUGCAGACAAGAGAUCUCCUCCAGAGGGCAGAAGAGGUUCUCCAAGAGUCGGAGAAGCUCGACUGCCGCAAGUUCCUGACGCCCAAGUCCCUGGUCGCAGGGAACCCCAAGCUCAACCUUGCCUUUGUUGCCAACCUGUUCAACAACCAUCCUGCCUUGGACCCAAUCACAGAGGAGGAGAAGCUCGAAGUGGAGGACUUUGACGCCGAGGGCGAGCGCGAGGCUAGAGUGUUUACGCUCUGGCUCAACAGCCUGGACGUUCAGCCCCCGGUUGUGUCGUUCUUCGACGACCUGAGAGAUGGCACCAUCCUCCUACAAGCGUACGACAAGGUCAUCAAGGGCUCUGUCAACUGGAGACAUGUGAACAAAGCCCCGGCUCAUGGCGGCGAAAUGUCCAAGUUCAAGGCGGUCGAAAACACAAACUACGCCAUUGAGCUUGGCAAACAGAACGGCUUCUCACUCGUCGGAAUCCAGGGGGCAGACAUCACUGAUGGACAAAGGACUCUGACGCUCGGCUUGGUCUGGCAGCUUAUGCGCAAGGACAUCACUCUGACACUGUCUUCUCUGGCUCAAAAGCUUGGAAAGAGGGAGAUUACAGAUUCCGAGAUGGUCAGGUGGGCCAACGACAUGUCGCGAAAGGGGGGCCGGAACUCGAGCAUCCGCUCCUUCAAGGACCCGGCCAUUGCUUCUGGCGUUUUCCUGCUCGAUGUUUUGAACGGGAUGAAGAGCAGCUACGUCGAUUACGAUCUCGUCACGCCGGGCAAGAGCGACGAGGACGCCUACCUGAACGCCAAGCUCAGCAUCAGCAUUGCCCGGAAGCUGGGCGCUACCAUUUGGCUGGUGCCCGAGGAUAUCUGCCAAGUCCGCAGCCGCCUGGUCACGACCUUUAUCGGAUCACUCAUGGCCACGCACGAAAAGAUGUAA